CCGGCGGCUGCGGGAGGGGAGUGGCGGCUGCGGCCUGGUCUGCCCGGCAGCGGAGCAGGAGGGGAAGGGGCCGCGCCAUGGACCGGUUCGUCUGGACCAGCGGGUUGCUGGAGCUGGGGGAGACCCUGGUGGUCCAGCAGCGCGGCGUGCGGCUCAGCGACGGGGAGGAGAAGGUGAAAUUCGACAGUGGAGUAUUACUGCUUAGCACACACAGGCUGAUCUGGAGGGACCAGAAGAAUCAUGAGUGCUGCAUUGCUAUCCCUCUGUCUCAGAUCGUCUUUAUAGAAGAGCAAGCAGCUGGGAUAGGAAAAAGUGCCAAAAUAGUAGUUCAUCUUCAUCCUGCGUCUUCAAACAAAGAGCCUGGUCCAUUCCAAAGCAGCAAAUAUUCCUACAUCAAACUUUCUUUCAAAGAACAUGGGCAAAUUGAGUUCUACAGACGAUUAUCAGAAGAAAUGACACAAAGGAGAUGGGAGACCAUGCCUACUGGUCAGACUCUUCAAGUUAACAAGGAUCCACGGGCAGGAAGAAUAAGGGCUGUAGGAAUUGUGGGGAUCGAAAGGAAAUUAGAGGAAAAAAGAAAAGAGACUGACAAAAACAUUUCCGAGGCUUUUGAGGAUCUUAGCAAACUGAUGGAGAAGGCUAAGGAAAUGGUGGAGUUAUCCAAGUCAAUAGCUAACAAGAUUAAAGAAAAACAAGGUGACAUCACUGAGGAUGAGACUAUUAGGUUCAAGUCCUAUCUGCUGAGUAUGGGUAUAGCUAAUCCAGUUACUAGGGAAACGUAUGGAUCUGGUACACAUUACCACAUGCAACUGGCGAAGCAACUGGCUGGAAUCCUGCAGACACCUUUAGAGGAGCGAGGAGGGAUCAUGUCACUCACAGAAGUGUACUGUCUGGUAAACCGCGCACGAGGCUUAGAGUUGCUGUCACCAGAAGAUUUAGUAAAUGCUUGCAAGAUGCUGGAGUCGCUGAAAUUACCACUAAGGCUUCGGAUAUUUGACAGUGGAGUGAUGGUGAUUGAACUCCAGUCUCAUAACGAAGAGGAAAUGGUAGCUUCUGCUUUAGAGACAGUAUCUGAAAAGGGUUCUCUCACAGCUGAUGAGUUUGCUAAGCUGGUGGGGAUGUCUGUUCUCUUAGCCAAAGAAAGGCUGCUUCUUGCUGAAAAGAUGGGCCAUCUUUGCAGAGAUGAUUCAGUGGAAGGCUUGAGAUUCUACCCAAAUUUAUUUAUGACACAAAGCUAAUGUAGUUUGUGUACAAUUUUUUUAUGUAACGGCUGAACAUGAAAUCAGAGGGCAGAACCCUUCCAACAACAGACUUCAGAAUUUUUAUUUUGUUAGUCAACUGCAACAGCGAUGGACAUUGCGAUGCGUUACAGUUCUCAGGGAUUUCACGUGCUGAAUCCUCUUACAUGGAACUGAAAGGAAUCACCGAGCCAGAAGGAUGUUAAUUAUCUCAAGCCGGCUCUAACUCACGUUUCAAGUUUUAUUUGAUGUGCUCCGUAGUUUCUCAUUUCAAGAGAAGUCAGAUGAAGAUUCCACCCAAGUGAAAGUGGAGAGAAUAUCCCUGUAGUCUGCCACGAGGGUCAGCACCCAGAAGACAGGUUGCUGCAUACUCCAAUUUCACUUUGUUUAUGUCUAGAGCAACAAAGCAGGCAGAUGUAUCCGCAACGAUAAGAAAAGUGACUUUGGUGUGUCCUGAGGCAUAAGGAACAAACCAGUGUAGAAUAACCCCUUCUCCCCGAGCAAUUAACAGUUUUCUGAGAGAGGAUCUUGGGCUUCUUGUACUUUGAGACCGAAAGAACCUGCUGCAGGAGAGAUUAACGUGUGAAUCUAGAAAAUACGGUGUUUGUUUUGUCAUGUCUUACGCUAAUGUCUCAGAUAGAAGCAUUGUUAGCCCAGGCUUCCUCCCUUCUCUUUCCUUGCCGUCUUCCUUCCUGUCUCAUUGUGUUGCACUUUAUGGUGCCCUUUCUCUGUCCUCUCUUUCCAGGCAGUGUGGAGCAGCCCCCUGUCACUCUACCAGACUCUGUGCUUUAAUGUGCUUGGUCUCCAUCUUGUACUUCUGAUUUGUAGUAGAUCAUUUGUUCGUUUUUAUCAGCCUAUUAUCUUGUUUUGGAGAAACGGUUCAUUUGCUUAUAUCUCAUGUACAAAAAUUAAUAUGCUUUCAAUAUUGAAGGAAGGAAGAAGACCAUCUCCCUGUGUUUAAUAGUCAUGAGGUAUCACAUUGUUUGGUAUUCCAGUGUUCCCACUGAAUCCAAUUUGAUAGUCUCAGCUUUCAUAACUCCAGUGGAGUUGCUGUAUUACUCAAAGAGCUGUUGUUGUGGUAAUCAUGGUAAGUGGAUAUUUACAAUCCACAUCACUUACAUUUUUGGCAUUCUGAAAUGACCAGUUUUAAUAAAUAAUGAAAUUCAUUCAAGGUAUGGGCAAGGACAACUUAUAUGUAACUGCACUGUGGUUGUAAUGGCCAAAUUCACAUUAUAAAAAA